UCGCGAGAGCUGCAGCCCUGGACCCAACAUGGCGGAAGAGGAGGUGGCCAAGCUGGAAAAGCACCUGAUGCUCCUCCGCCAGGAGUAUGUAAAGCUGCAGAAGAAACUAGUUGAUACAGAAAGGAGAUGCAAUCUUCUGGCUGCUGAGGCUAACCAAGACAAUGCCAGUGACACCUUCAUCAGUCGACUUCUUGCCAUUGUAGCUGAACUCUAUCAGCAGGAGCAGUACAGUGAUCUGAAGAUAAAGGUUGGGGACAAGCACAUCAGUGCUCACAAAUUUGUCUUGGCGGCACGCAGUGAUGCUUGGAGUCUUGUCAACCUUGCCUCAACAGAGGAGCUGGAUCUGUCAGAUGCUGACCCAGAGGUAACCAUGGCAAUGCUGCGGUGGAUCUACACAGAUGAACUUGAGCUAAGAGAAGAUGAUAUCUUCUUGACAGAGCUCAUGAAACUAGCUAAUAAAUUUCAGCUCCAGCUGCUUAGGGAAAGAUGUGAAAAAGGAGUUAUGUCCCUAGUUAAUGUCAGGAACUGCAUUCGUUUCUAUCAGACUGCUGAGGAGCUGAAUGCUAGCACUCUUCUGAACUAUUGUGCUGAGAUAAUUGCUAGUCACUGGGAUGACUUGCGUAAAGAAGACUUCAGUAGCAUGAGUGCUCAGUUAUUGUAUAAAAUGUUCAAGUCAAAGACAGAAUAUCCUUUGCAUAAGGCUAUUAAAGUUGAGAGAGAAGAUGUAGUCUUUUUGUAUCUUAUUGAAAUGGAUUCACAGCUUCCUGGGAAGCUCAAUGAAUUGGAUCACAAUGGAGAUCUUGCUUUGGAUCUAGCCCUUGCCCAAAGGUUGGAGAGUAUUGCAACUACACUGGUCAACUACAAGGCUGAUGUGGAUAGGGCAGACAAGAGAGGCUGGAGUCUAUUACAUAAAGCCAUCCAAAGAGGAGAUAAAUUUGCUGCAAAUUUUCUCAUUAAAAAUGGUGCCCGUGUAAAUGCUGCUACAUUGGGAGACCAGGAGACUCCUCUGCACCUUGUGGCGUCAUACAGCCCCAAGAAGCAUUUGCCAGAUGUCAUGGCAGAGAUGGCACAGAUAGCAGAGUCCCUCUUGCAGGCAGGAGCCAAUCCAAAUAUGCAAGACAACAAAGGAAGGACGCCAUUACAUGUGUCAAUUGUGGUCAGGAAUGAACCUGUGUUCAGUCAGCUUCUCCAGUGCAAACAACUAGACUUGGAGCUGAAGGAUCAUGAAGGAAGCACAGCUCUCUGGCUUGCAGUUCAGUAUAUCACUGUAUCGUCUGAUCAGUCUGUAAACCCUUUUGAGGAUGCCCCUGUUGUAAAUGGAACCUCAUUUGAUGAGAACAGUUUUGCAGCAAGGUUGAUCCAACGAGGCAGCAAUACAGAUGCUCCAGACACAGUAACAGGAAACUGCUUGCUUCAGAGGGCAGCUGGUGCAGGAAAUGAGGCAGCUUCUCUCUUCCUAGCAACUCAUGGAGCAAAAGUCAACCACCAAAACAAAUGGGGAGAAACACCACUGCAUACAGCCUGUAGACAUGGCCUCGCAAACCUGACAGCAGAACUUCUGCAACAAGGAGCCAAUCCAAACAUCCAGACGGCAGAAGCAGUGCUUGGUCAGAAGGAUGCAUCUUCUCCAACAGCAGAGAAUGUUUAUCUGCAAACUCCCCUUCACAUGGCUAUUGCUUACAAUCACCCAGAUGUGGUGUCAGUCAUCUUGGAACAAAAAGCUAAUGCUCUUCAUGCUACCAACAACUUGCAAAUUAUUCCUGACUUUAGUCUAAAGGACUCGAGAGACCAGACUGUGCUGGGAUUGGCUCUUUGGACAGGCAUGCACACCAUAGCAGCUCAGCUGCUUGGAUCUGGGGCGUCCAUCAAUGACACAAUGUCAGACGGACAGACUCUACUACAUAUGGCAAUACAGAGACAAGACAGUAAGAGUGCACUCUUCUUGCUGGAACAUCAGGCAGAUAUAAAUGUCAGAACACAGGAUGGAGAGACUGCCUUACAGCUAGCUAUAAAAAACCAGCUCCCUCUUGUGGUUGAUGCUAUUUGUACCAGAGGAGCAGACAUGUCUGUGCCAGAUGAGAAAGGAAAUCCUCCUUUAUGGCUUGCCUUAGAAAAUAACCUGGAAGAUAUUGCAUCAACUCUGGUUAGGCAUGGCUGUGAUUCAACCUGUUGGGGGUCAGGACCAAGUGGCUGCUUACAAACUCUUCUUCAUAGAGCUAUUGAUGAAAACAGUGAACAAAUAGCAUGCUUUCUUAUUCGCAGUGGUUGUGAUGUGAAUAGUCCCAGAAAGCCAGGCCCGAACGGAGAAGGAGAAGAGGAAGCUCAUGAUGGACAGACACCCCUACACUUGGCAGCCUGCUGGGGACUAGAAGAGGUGAUCCAGUGCCUUUUGGAGUUUGGUGCCAAUGUCAAUGCUCAGGAUGCAGAAGGAAGAACUCCAAUCCACGUUGCCAUUAGCAACCAACAUAAUGUUAUCAUUCAGCUUAUGAUUUCACAUCCAGAUAUUAAGCUAAAUGUACGUGACAGGCAAGGAAUGACUCCCUUUGCAUGUGCUAUGACGUAUAAAAAUAACAAAGCAGCUGAAGCAAUUUUGAAGAGGGAACCAGGAGCUGCUGAACAGGUUGAUAAUAAAGGUCGGAAUUUCCUACAUGUAGCUGUUCAGAACUCGGACAUUGAGAGCGUGCUGUUCCUGAUAAGCGUACAGGCUAAUGUAAACUCUCGGGUCCAGGAUGCCUCCAAACUAACACCUCUCCACCUGGCUGUACAAGCUGGCUCAGAGAUCAUUGUGCGUAAUCUGCUGCUUGCAGGUGCCCAGGUGAAUGAACUGACUAAGCAUCGUCAGACUGCUCUUCACUUAGCAGCCCAGCAAGAUUUGCCCACAAUUUGCUCAGUCCUUCUGGAGAAUGGAGUAGACUUUGCAGCUGUAGAUGAAAAUGGAAAUAAUGCUCUUCAUCUGGCAGUGAUGCACGGCCGUCUAAACAAUAUCCGGGUCCUCCUCACAGAGUGCAAUGUAGAUGCAGAAGCCUUUAAUAUUAGAGGCCAGUCACCAAUGCAUAUUUUGGGACAAUAUGGGAAAGAUAAUGCAGCAGCCAUCUGUGACCUCUUCUUGGAGUGUAUGCCAGAAUACCCUCUAGACAAACCUGACGCUGAAGGAAACACAGUGCUCCUGUUGGCUUACAUGAAGGGAAAUGCUAACUUGUGUCGUGCAAUAGUGAGAGCUGGGGCUCGUCUUGGAGUUAACAAUAAUCAAGGAGUCAAUAUCUUCAACUACCAAGUUGCUACAAAACAGCUUCUCUUUAGACUGCUGGAUAUGCUGACAAAAGAACCUCCCUGGUGUGAUGGCUCCAACUGCUAUGAAUGCACUGCCAAAUUUGGAGUCACGACAAGAAAGCAUCACUGCCGACACUGUGGACGCCUGCUCUGCCAUAAGUGCUCAACAAAGGAGAUUCCUAUCAUAAAAUUUGAUCUGAACAAGCCGGUUCGAGUUUGCAACAUCUGCUUUGAUGUCCUGACUCUGGGAGGAGUCUCCUAGUAUGCUGUGGAAGUAAAGGGAUUCCCAGUCAGUGCUCCUGACAGCAGCUCUGCUUACAAGCCCUCUGGAUAGGGAAGAGGAGGCCUAUACAUGUCUUCUGCAAUAGACUGAACUAAUUAAGGACCCUGUUAUGAUAUAUUCUGGUAUAAAUGACUUUGUAUGACUGUAAAUGUAUUGGGCUGUGAUAGACUUCACUAGGAAUUCAAGUGGAUCGUUGAAACCAAGUGACAAAAGAAUUUAGACCCUCUUCUAGUUGCAGUGGGGCAUGGAAGCUAAAAUUGUUAGGCUGAUGUUUGAAUCGACAUAAAACAGGUCUGUCCUUGACAUGGUGCUUUGCACUGAGCAACUCUAUUAAGUCCUGUGGCUUUCAGGCUGCUUAGUAGAGAUGGCAUUAAGUUUCAGGGUAACCAGGUAUCUUUCUUUGCUUUGUCUUAAAGAUAAAUGUUCCCUUUCUCUAGAGAAGACUUCUUGUGAAGCUAGACUGAACUGUUGCAACCACUGUUCGUUUCAAGAAACUCUUCAAAAACGGGGGUAGUUCUAAGCAUAGCUCAAGAAUUGUGGCCUUACAACAGAAAGCUUUACAACAUCUGAUGCAAAGCAGUCAGAAUUGCAGAUGCACAGCUUGAUACCUCCUCAGUAAAUGUCUCAUUAGCUUUAGCAUGUUCAAGGGAAGUGCAAGAUUGUAUGAGCAAGAGUAUUUACUGGCUAAAACCUUUGUUGCACUUUCAUAUUUACGUUGCUAUCCUUCCAAUUCAUGAAACCUGUAUAAAUGAGCAUUAGUGCGCUCAAAGGCCUAAGCAUAUGCUAAAUGGAGAAACACUAAAACUGGUUAAGUAGUCUAGCUAGCAAUACAGCAAUAAAUGCUGAAGUGCAUUAUGAAUCCCAUGAGGGAGAGUAGCACUUUCCUUUGGUUUAAAGACCCUAGUUAACUGCUGCAGGAGAGUCAGUAACCCUAGCAGUGUAGAAUGUGCUGCACCUCUAGACAUUAAAUUUGGGUCCAUUUUCAGCAGGAUUGCUGGUGAGUGGGAGUGUAUUUGGAGGCUUCCUAUUAACAUUAAGCCUCUGGCCUUGAAGGAAGGAUUCUGAACUGGCAGUGCGGUGCCAGGCAUUUGGAUUAAGCUGCAGUAUUUUAAUCUAGGCUGGUUGUGCUCUCUUAAACAUGCUGAAUCUGGAAAAAUCCACCACCGUGUUGUCUAGGUAAACAGGAAAGUACUUUGCUGAUAGACAAGGUUAUGAUUUGGUGGGCAAAGGCUUCAGUCAGAAAAAAUGUGUACUUAAGCUACAUGCCGUGUUAAGGCUGUUUUCAUCCCAAGAGAUGAACCUAGUUUAGACUCAACUCAGCAUUCCUCAUCUCUACUCCAUGAGCAUUUAUUUAAUGACUGUUAUCUCCAGUGUACAGUAUGGACAAGUUGGUGACACAUUGCCCUGUUCAGAAUAGUGACUUGUCAGUCUUAAAGAGUAAGAUGAGAUGAUAAACCAGACUGCUGCUUUUAUGGGAGACUUGCUUGAGGUUUUUCUCAAACUUGUACAAGAAAAGGAUGGGAGAGGGUGUAAUUGCUGACAUUUGCACGAUGAAUUUCACAUCAGGUGUCACUUGAUCUGCACUUUGAUCUUCCAAUAUGCAUAUAUUAUAACUGGAAUCUCACCCUUGUAACACUAGAGAAGAAUAAUGGAUAAUAAUAUGAAUUUGCCUCACUGUUUAAUGUAUGCUGCUGUCAUGUUCCAACAGAAUGCCCUGGGUAACACAACUGGUGUCUCUAACAUGGUUACUAAUACAAAUGGUGCAUGUCUGGCAUAAUAUUCUAGGUGAAUGAGGUGGAAAAUAAUGGUGGCUGAAGCGUUUAACUGCAAGCUGCAGUUUGGGUUUUUGAGUGAAAUAGAUGAUGGAAAACAUUGUACUUCUAGUCCAUUGCUUUCUGAUGUUUCAGAGUAUCACUGGUUGCAAGUCUCUAGCAGUGAAAGAUAACAAUGAUGGAGAGAAAGUGCAUUUGGUGAAAGAAGUCUUGACUACAGUGUCAAUGUGUUAUCAUGGGAUACUUCCUUCUUGGGUUGGAGCUACAGUGCUGUGGAGUGCUAAGUGUGUGCUCAGAGUACUGAAAGAUAGUGGUAGAAGAGUGUUCUUCCACGGCCACAGCCUAUAGACUUCAGCUUAAUUGGAAAACUGCACAAUGUGGAAUUGCUAAAGCAUUUAAACAUCACUUUUUCAGUGACUCCUCUGAUGGAAGGGGCAAGGGAACAGGGAGCUCAGUUCUAACAGAAUAAGCAACCUUUUAAAUGAUGAAAAACGUAGAUCUUGUGAAAAUUCAGCUUAACUGAAUGGCAAGUUUAAGGCUGGCUAGUUGCUCUUUUUAAAAGUAAAUAUUAAUUAUAACUGCCUGAAACUCUGGGAAAGAUCUGGGAAACCAUAUGGAAUGCUCCUAGUUUGCUUUUUACAGCCAAUACCGUACCAGCUUUCUUACUGAAGUCUGAAAGGAAAGUUAAGGUUACUGAUAAACUAAUGUACAGCCUGAAGUGUUCAUUAAAUUUAAAGCGACUAAAUUCAGCAAAUUUGAUCAUUUUAAAGUGCCUUUGAUAUAGUUUCCUUCCAGCCAACUCUAAAUAGCUUUCUGCCAGAGUUAAAGGAGAAAAGCUCACAACUUGAACCAAAACCCAAGUUAGUUCUCUUCUAGUUCAACUAAAGAGGUUGACCCCACCAAACAACUGAUGGGGCUCAGUCCUUUAUGCACUCUGCCUAGUAUCCGUCUGAACUCUCAGACCUCUGAGAUUCUUUGGGAGUUUUGCUGGCAACGCUCCACUGCAGGGUACAAAUGUGAAUGGAGGCACUUGGUGAUGUAGUAGUGGUCAACACAUUUCUAACUCCGUAAACAACUGCUCUUCCUUUUUGUAGCAUACUACAGUUGUGACCAAAACCCCCACCCUCUUACCCCUGCUGUCUUUAAGUGGUAUGUAUUAACUUGAGACUCAAGUCUGCCAAGCAUUGAACAAAAGGGUAAAUGGAAAACAAAACUUCUGUCCCUGGGAAGCGAUGCUGUCAGACCAGGCUUCAGGCACUUCAGCGGGGCUGCAUGGGAAGUCUGUGGUGGUUCCUACUGUAGCUUUUUGUUCUGAGACUGGAUUCCUUUUGAUUGCAGUCAUCCAGCACUCUUAUACAAGCACAAAAUGUGGUCUGGCUGAAGUUUUGUGUAUCUGAAAAAGGUGUAGUCACUGUUUCACACCACUAAGUGGAGCGAGAAUGUUAGUGUUGAAGGUACUAAGAGCGUAGCAAGUUGCUGGCUGAAAGCUGACAGAUGCCUUAAUGACUUCCUGUGCUGGAGAUCAAUGGCUUGUACAACUUCUCAUGUACUGCUUAUAAAUUAACAUGUAACAGUAUGGGAGGCCAAGGCUGCAUUUUUUUUGUAGAUCAAAUGUUAAUAGGCAAGCCCUCUUUCCUGUAACCAGCAGAGUUGGGUACUGCAGCAAACUCAUCUCUAGAAAAAUCGAAGCUUGUAUGAGUGACAAAAAUAACUCUGACCCUUCUAAUACCCUCUGUGAAAUAGAAAAGGAAGUCUUAGAACAAUGGCAUUUUAUCUGCAAUGUUUGUCUGGAGUCAUUGUAAAAAUGUAUUUUUCCAAUAUGCA